AAGCCCAGCCCCGCAGUCCGCCUACUCUACUCCCCCUCCCCGUCUGCCACCGUCUCUCUCUUGGUCCGCCUGCAGCAUUCGACAUCCCAGCGAGGAUUUUUCACUACAGAGAUGGCUGCGAAAGUGUGUAGAACAGUACUCAUCUUGACCAGGAGCAGCGGAGCUGUGGCCACCGGGCUCCCCGCACUCGCUAUCUCAUCACAGCGGCACCACCAGCAUAUAAGACCGGACCAGCCUGUCAGGAGAGCACAUGGUCUGCGGUCAGCCUCCCGCUCUGCACUGUUCACCCAGCCUCCCACCAGCCUCUCAACCGCCCUCUCAACCCAGGGAUGGAGGGGCGCCCCCUCAUGGCAGGGCCAGAGACUACUGAGUUCCUCCACCGCUCCAGAAGAGGUGACGGUGGUGUACCAGAAUGGACUGCCGGUGAUCUCGGUCAGUUUGCCGUCCCGUAGAGAACGAUGCCAGUUCACUCUGAAGCCCCUCAGUGACUGUGUUGGGGUGUUCCUCACACAGCUGCAGACGGAGGACAGGGGCAUCGACCGAGUAGCCAUCUACUCUACAGAUGGGGCGAGGGUAGCCUCUUCUACAGGGAUAGACAUCCUGCUGUUGGAUGAUUUCAACCUGGUCAUCAACGACGUUACGCACCUGGUGAGGCCGCCACGAAGAGAUCUCCUAGCCAAUGAUGAGGCAGAGCGUCUGAACGACGUGAAGUUCCUGGUCCAGCAGCUCUACACCACCAUGCGUAUAGAAGAACAUCAGCUGAGUAAAGAGAAGGAACUAGUGGUCAGACUGGAGGACCUCAACUCACAGCUACGUCCUCUAGAGAAGGUGAGGGAGGAGCUGAGUCGUAAGGCGGAGCGCCGUACCACCUGGGUGCUGUGGGGGGGUAUGGCCUACAUGGCAACACAGUUUGGGAUCCUGGCGCGCCUCACCUGGUGGGAGUACUCCUGGGAUAUCAUGGAGCCUGUCACCUACUUCAUUACCUACGCCACCGCCAUGGCUAUGUACUCCUACUAUGUACUCACACGCCAGGAGUACCUCUACCCUGACGCCAGGGACAGACAGUAUCUGCUGUUCUUCCACAAGGGGGUGAAGAGACAACAUUUUGACAUCUACAAGUACAACGAGCUGAAGGACUCUAUCGCUGAGGUGGAGUUAGAUCUGAAACGCCUGAGGGAUCCCCUCCAGCUCCAACUCCCUGUCCAGCAACUCACCGCCGCCAGCAAAGAUUGAUGGGAAGAGUGAUGCCCUCCUCUGUUUUCUUCAUCUCCCUCUCGGCUCCUCCAUCCUUCCUUUCCUUACCCUCCUCCAUCCCUCUUCCUCUCCUCCAUCCCUCCUUUCCUUGCCCUCCUCUCCUCCAUCCCUCCUUUCCUUACCCUCCUCCACUCCUCUAUCCCUCCUUUCCUUACCCUCCUCCGCUCCUCCAUCCCUCCUUUCCUUGCCCUCCUCCUCUCUCAUCCCUCCUUUCCUUGCCCUCCUCCUCUCUCCAUCCCUCCUUUCCUUGCCCUCCUCCUCUCUCCAUCCCUCCUUUCCUUACCCUCGGCUCCUCCAUCCCUCCUUUCCUUACCCUCCUCCAUCCCUCCUUUCCUUACCCUCCUCCAUCCCUCCUUUCCUUACUCUCCUCCGCUCCUCCAUCCCUCUUUUCCUUACCCUCCGCUCCUCCAUCCCUCCUUUCCUUACCUUCCUCCAUCCCUCUUUUCCUUACCCUCCGCUCCUCCAUCCCUCUUUUCCUUACCCUCCGCUCCUCCAUCCCUCUUUUCCUUACCCUCCGCUCCUCCAUCCCUCCUUUCCUUACCCUCCUCCAUCCCUCUUUUCCUUACCCUCCGCUCCUCCAUCCCUCUUUUCCUUACCCUCCGCUCCUCCAUCCCUCCUUUCCUUACCCUCCUCCAUCCCUCCUUUCCUUACCUUCCUCCAUCCCUCCUUUCCUAACCCUCCUCCGCUCCUCCAUCCCUCCUUUCCUUAUCCUCCUCCUCUCUCUCCAUCCGUCCACCUUUACUCCUCUUUGUUAAACAAACCCUUCCCUUUAGCGACCGACCGUGGGAGUUUUUCUUUUGACAUUUUCUCCUUUUUUUUAUUUCUCUGACUUGAAAACUCAAAUGAUAAAGUCAACUCAUCUGUAGAGGAGGUUUAGAAAGAACAGAAACUGAAUCAAAUUGUGUCUGGGGGUGGAAAUUAUGAUGAAACUGGGUGCUAUGGAUAUGCAACAGGACUUCAGGACAGCCUGCAGGAAGCUCUAGGGGACGUACAGGAAGUGGCACGCUGCAGUGUGAGGAGUUACAGAGGAGGCGGAGGGGACGGGGGCAGACAAAUGGACACGUCUAUAAGUGUGUGUGGUGAUAUCCCGGGACUCCAACCCCAAGCCACUUAACAGUUGCUUUAUCUAUUUGUUAGCUAGGCCCACAGUGCAGCAUUCAAACACACACACACCACUCCUAUGGGGCUUCGGGACGUCUGUGUCCUACGAAUUUACGUUUACAAAGAUUCAUCCUCUAGCUGGGAACCUCUUGCUCCACCCCCUGACCUUUAAUCUCAGCCCUCUGACCUCUGCAUGCUCGGAGGACAUGGCUGUGAUUGGACAAGGGUUCCUGUGACCUCCAGGCGACCGUGAACUUUGACCUUGGCCGACCCCUCUUGUCUCGUCUGAUUGGCUGUGGCCAACCCUGCCCCGUCUGUUUCCAGUUCCCGCCCUCUCUGCCUGAAGUACAGCUACCCACAGAGCAUAUUGCUAUGAUGACAAGGACCUUUUAUCAGGAGCCUUUCAGCUUGUCACAGCCUUUACAUGAAGUGGAUAGACGGAGUUGAGGUCAGGUGACCACACCUCACUUCCUAUUCCUGUUGUUGACUUCCUAUCAACUUCCUGUUUCCUGUAACAUGCUGCGCCGGGAUUGGAGGAUAGUACUUCCGAUAACAACAUCACUGUGUGUUCUAAUAUUCCCAGAUGUUUUAUUUUAGAAGCCAUGCUAUAUUUGUUAUGAGAAACAAUAUACAAUCAAUCCCAAUGAAGGUAGAGGAGGUGUAGAUCAUUCAGUGGGGGGAGGAGCUCUCUCUUUAACAUCCUAUAUCAGAAAAUAUAGUUAAUAUACCAUAUCUGUAUCUCUUUAGUAAUGUCUCAACCAUACAGGACCCCCGUAUCAAUAGGUCUUCCCACUCCGUCUCUCACACACUAUUAUCAUUCUACUACCACCAAUAUAACCCACCAAGGCUUCAUGGACAUACAUCCAUCAUCCACAAACUCAAGCAGCAACAGAAUAGACGAGUUCCUAGAAGGAUUUCUGUCAGAGAGAUUCUGCGUGCCACUCACAUAUCCUACAAUUCCUUCCAACUGCACUAUAACUCAUAUCAGCCAAGAGAACAUUGUAGAACCCUCACAAACAGCAACGAUGUUCCCCCGUAGAACCCUCACAAACAGCAACGGUGUACCCCGUAGAACCCUCACAAACAGCAACGGUGUACCCCGUAGAACCCUCACAAACAGCAACGGUGUACCCCGUAGAACCCUCACAAACAGCAACGGUGUACCCCGUAGAACCCUCACAAACAGCAACGGUGUACCCCGUAGAACCCGCACAAACAGCAACGGUGUACCCCGUAGAACCCUCACAAACAGCAACGGUGUACCCCGUAGAACCCUUACAAACAGCAACGAUGUUCCCCCGUAGAACCCUCACAAAUAGCAACGAUGUUCCCCGUAGAACCCUCACAAACAGCAACGAUGUUCCCCGUAGAACCCUCACAAACAGCAACGGUGUACCCCGUAGAACCCUCACAAACAGCAACGAUAUUCCCCGUAGAACCCUCACAAACAGCAACGGUGUACCCCGUAGAACCCUCACAAACAGCAACGGUGUACCCCGUAGAACCCUCACAAACAGCAACGAUGUACCCCGUAGAACCCUCACAAACAGCAACGAUGUAUCCCGUAGAACCCUCACAAACAGCUGUGGCCCGACCGUGUACCAUUUCUGAAUAUGCUCACAUUUUUUUACAGUAACCUAAUUGUGUGGAUAUAAAGAAAGAGCCAUAUUAAUAUUGUAAUAUAUUAUAUGUUGUGUACCUGUGUGUGUGACAGUCAGACACAGACAGGCUUGCUGUAGAUUGCAGGUUGUUGAAUGAUGAAUCUUCUCCGUCUGUAUGUGAGGUUUUGUAGGACAUCAUUUAAGCCAAGGAACAUAAAACAGAGAUCACACACACACACACACACACACACACACACACACACACACACACACACACACACAUAAUACUGAUGCAUUGUUGCUGCAAAAGAAAAGCAAUUUUCCAAAAUAAACCAUUUCUCCUGAAAACUAGAAAAUAGACUGAGCUUUUACAGGGAAUGUCUCAGAUCUGAUGUGCAUGCUUUUUUCAUUGUGACGAGAACAAAUAAGUAUAAUUGAUUUGUUCUAAAAAAAUAAAAUAACACGGACAUAACUUGUUCUGAAUUGGUCUUGGCUUCAGACAGCAUGCAACGCAAUGCAUAUUUCAAUGACAUGAUAUCAAUGGUUCCCAUGUGAACAGAACAUGUCCAAAUUAAUGUCAGUUAAUGCCCAAUGAGGGUUUUGUCAAAGGUCUCCUGUCACCCUCUAUAUGACCUAUGACUGACUUAACCACCAGCCUCAAUCAAUAACCUGUCAUUAAAAACCCAAGCUGCAGAUAGUAGAAGUAUAAACUGUGUGCUUGAGGUUCAUUCACACAAACAAGGCUGUUCCGUUCCAAAGUUCUCUCCUCCCACUGGUCCUAGUAGCUGUUCCAAGUAACUGCCCCCCCCCCCCCCUCCCCAGCCAGGCAGACAGGGUAGAGUACACGGAUGCUACAGGAUGGUAGAAUACACGUGAAUGUUAAGCAGAGCAGAGUAACACAUCUAUGAAUCGUCUCCUGCUCAAUCGCUCCGAUCGAUAAAUCAACUCUCCUCUCAACCCACCUUACCUCGAUCACUAGCUCAAAAUCUUUCUUUUCCACAACUGCACACGUUAGCAGAGAUAGAGUAAGAGAGACACACAAGCGCACACACACACAGACGAGCUGGGAAUACACACCUCUACAUGCAUCAGAGACUCCUCUCCUCUUUUUCAUCAUAAUACCAUCCGUCCAUCUUUAACUUCCUUAUUCUUUGAAAAACCUAAAUAUAUCAAAUAUAGGAACUUUAUUAUAAAGCGGGUGUUGCAUGAAUGUAAUGUUUACAUGGGAAAUUAUGUUGAAAAUAAAGAAAACUAAAAGAUUAUUUAAUUAACAUGAAUAUUGCAAAGAUAGUUUAAAAGAACGUUGUUUGUAGAGAUUCCUAGUAAUGGGCAUGGGACAGGGCUAUCUCUCUGUCGUUAGAAUCUGCCCUGCCAAAUCUGGCUCCAACCCAGCCACUGCACCUCCCUCUCCUCCCCAUCCCUCCUUCUCUCCCUGUCUGCCCCUCUCCUCCUUCUCUCCCUGUCUGCCCCUCUCCUCCUCCUUCUCUCCCUGUCUGCCCGUCUCCUCCCCCAUCCCUCCUUCUCUCCCUGUCUGCCCCUCUCCUCCUCCUUCUCUCCCUGUCUGCCCCUCUCCUCCUCCUUCUCUCCCUGUCUGCCCGUCUCCUCCCCCAUCCCUCCUUCUCUCCCUGUCUGCCCCUCUCCUCCUCCUUCUCUCCCUGUCUGCCCCUCUCCUCCCCCAUCCCUCCUUUUCUCCCUGUCUGCCCCUCUCCUCCUUCUCUCCCUGUCUGCCCCUCUCCUCCUUCUCUCCCUGUCUGCCCGUCUCCUCCCCCAUCCCUCCUUUUCUCCCUGUCUGCCCCUCUCCUCCUUCUCUCCCUGUCUGCCCCUCUCCUCCUUCUCUCCCUGUCUGCCCCUCUCCUCCUCUUUCUCUCCCUGUCUGCCCCUCUCCUCCUCCUUCUCUCCCUGUCUGCCCGUCUCCUCCCCCAUCCCUCCUUCUCUCCCUGUCUGCCCCUCUCCUCCUUCUCUCCCUGUCUGCCCCUCUCCUCCUCCUUCUCUCCCUGUCUGCCCGUCUCCUCCCCCAUCCCUCCUUCUCUCCCUGUCUGCCCCUCUCCUCCUCCUUCUCUCCCUGUCUGCCCGUCUCCUCCCCCAUCCCUCCUUCUCUCCCUGUCUGCCCGUCUCCUCCCCCAUCCCUCCUUCUCUCCCUGUCUGCCCGUCUCCUCCCCCAUCCCUCCUUCUCUCCCUGUCUGCCCGUCUCCUCCCCCAUCCCUCCUUCUCUCCCUGUCUGCCCGUCUCCUCCCCCAUCCCUCCUUCUCUCCCUGUCUGCCCGUCUCCUCCCCCAUCCCUCCUUCUCUCACUGUCUGCCCCUCUCCUCUCCCCCAGUAUAGAUCUGCACCUAGUGUUCUGAGAUCUAAUAACAAUUGAGGGUCGUGUUCAUUAGGAAACGCAACUGAAAACGUUAUGCAACGGAAAUCAAAAAUUAACUUUUUCUUAUUGGUCAAGUCCAAGGUAUUCCCUCCCUGUUUCAGUCCGUUUUCUUCCGUUUGGUGCCUAAUGAACAUGACCCAGGGCAGGUGGACCGCCAUCCCCCUGCCACCAUGCAAUUACCAUGCCGCCACCUUGCCUUCCCCCUGCCAUUAUGCCACCACCUUGCCAUCCCCCGGCCACCAUGCCGCCAUCCCCCUGCCACCAUGCCACCUCCCUGCCAUCUUUGGUCCAUCUAAGGAAAUGUCAAAGUUGUCCGCCAUCUUGUGCGCAACCCUUGACCUGUAACCCCAUUAUCAUUCACUCCCGUCCCAGAUCAGAGACAAAAUGGUGGCACUUUCCCUCUCAGUCCCCUUACUCAUCUGUUUUCCCCGUCUUUGUUUCACUCUGUUCAUCGUGUCUUAUCCUUCUUCUCGUUCUCCCCAGUCACAUUUAUUCCGUUUUGAAAACGUGUGCUUUGUUUUUGAAUGUUCAUCCUAUUUUGUGUGCACUUAAAAAAACGAUUUGGGAAAAAUACAAAGAAAAUAGGUUUAAAAAUGCCUAAAGAAGACUAUUAGGAUUGAAAUGAUCUAUUUUUGUUUCUUCAUUCAAACCUCUUAUUGUCUUUGUCUUGUCUUUUUUUUCCAUUCACAUCGGAUGCUCUGUUGGCAAAAAAAAAAAAAUGAAAAUGUAAAAUCCUGUAUCAUUUAUGAAAUAUGUAUAAAAGAGAAAUGUAAUUCAGUUAUCAAUAAAAUCCUUAUCCAGUUUUUGGAAA